AUGUUUUUUAAUGUCUCAAAUAAAUUAGGGUAACGAUUAUUGCAACAUGACGAUGACAGAAGUCGAUAGAAUGAUAAUAGAUACGCACACUAUCAACAGCGAUAUCGAAGAAAAAAAUAGUAUAUCUGAAAAGGAAGAAGAACCGAUAAAUGAAGAGGAUAAAAUUACUCUAGAAGAUUUGGCGCCAGACGGUGGCUGGGGAUGGAUGAUUGCACUAGCCAUGAUAUUAAUUACGUUCAUUAUAGUAGGCCAAGCAUCAACAUUUGCCAUAAUCUUUGAUGACUUCUUGCAAGAUUCCGGGUAUGCGGGCACGGUAACAAGCAUCGGUAAUUCCAUUUAUGCGAUCACUUAUUCUAUUGCCAGCGUGUUCACCAAUAUAUUGCUGAAGAGAUAUUCUUUAAGGCUGGUCGGAAUCGCAGGUGUACUCUUCCAUGUGUUACCUAACAUCGCCUUAGCCUUUAUCAGUAACGUAUUUCAAAUACCUAUUAUCAGUUUUUUUGAAGGUUUUGGAUUGGGCCUAAUUUUUACAGUUACCAACACAGUUUUCAACUCGUAUUUUGUAAAGAAAAGAGCAAAAGUGAUGUACGCGUCGCAAGUCAUCAUUGCAUUCGGUGGAAUUAUUUAUCCUAUAUUAAGUGAAAAGAUGCUACCAAUCUACGGUUUUCGCGGUACUGCGGCAAUAACACAGGUCAACAAGACCUGUGUAAUAGGCGCUAUAAGCUUUCAUAGCGUCGUUGGAAUGAUGAUGAUACAUCCCGUAGAAUGGCAUGCCAAGAAGCUGGAAGAUGUUCGUGCGGAAAAAGCGCGCGAGAAAGAACAAAAAUUUUCUCAGGAAUUAGCGCUGUCGAAUCGUCGUUCAACUAUUGACGUGGUCCACUUAUCUUUUAAGACUAAAUGUAGCAGUCUUUGUAGUCUCAAGGAAGAAAGAGGCUUAGAAAUGCUGAUUAAGACUUCUGCGCAAAGAGCCAUGUCAUUCUCAUCAAUUGAGAGUCACGGAGGAGCAAAAUCCAAAUUUAUAUGGAAAAGUUUAUCGAAGCGUACAUCGACUAUCUCGGCUUCUAGCUUAGUUGAUUUGGCGACUCAUACAACUUGUACAUCGAGCGACAUACGACAACUUCAUCCAGAAAAGAAGACCAAUGAAAAACAGACAGAUAAAGAAAAUCGAGAAAAGAAAGAGAAACAAAAUAAGGAAAUCGAAGAGAAGGAAGGAAAACAAAAUAAAGGAACCCAAGAAAAGAAAGAGAAACAAAAUGAAGAAGUCCAAGAGGAGGAAGACAAACAAGAUAAAGAAAUCCAAGAGAAAGAAGAGAAGCAAAACACUGAUAAAGAACAAAAGAUGACAGGGUAUAAAACCAUUUUGAAAGAUCUUGUGGAUAUGUCUCUGGUGAAGAACUUCUGUUUCUUAAAUUUAUGCUUUGGCGUCAAUUUCGUGUACUAUUCCGACAUUGGUUUUAUUUAUCUUCUUCCAAUUAUAAUAACCGAUGCAGGACACUCAAAAGACUACGCCGCACUGAGUGUUACAAUUAUUGGAAUAGCUGAGCUGACGGCGAAAAUUUUAUUGUCAGUUUUUACACUGAUAAUAAACAUAAAAUCGAAGUAUAUAUUCUUUGCUGCCACAAUCUUAAUGGAAUUCGCAAAAAUAGGCUUUCUGCUAUGUAAGCAUACACUUAAAGGCGCGUUAAUUACGUCAGCAUUAAUCGGCGUCGUGCGAUCGUGGCUGCUAGUUUCGCAACCUUUAGUUAUCAUAGAAGAUCUCAACAUAGAAAAAUUUGCCUCGGCUUACGGUAUCAAUUCUGUUAUCAACUGUUUAGUCACGAUAAUUUUUGGUGCCAUCGUGGGAAUUAUUAGGGAUUGGACUGAUAGCUACGAAAUAUAUCAAAUUUCUCUACUAGUAAUGAAUAGUGUAUUUAUUUUACCUUGGAUGUUGCAAUUCAUUUUCGUAGACUUCAGAAAAUGGCGGAAGCAACGCGCGCGGAAAGCUAAUAUCAUCGACCAUUGGGAAUGA